AUGCCUUCCUUACAAAUCCAGACGUACACACUUUCUAAAGGAAUCGAACUAUCCUUCACUGACAGUGGUGUGCCUCCCGGGUCUGCUGACUACACUACAGUCGUCUUCUUACACGGCGGGAUAUUCAACGCAUAUCAGUUCCACAAAGUUCACGCUCACGCUCACGCCCAGAACCUUCGCACCGUGCUCCUCCAUCGGAGAGAUUAUGCUGGAUCCACGUCAUAUUCCGCAACAGAAAUUGAAGAACUUGAGCAGGGAAGCGUGUCAUUUUGGGAAAGAUUGAGCGCUCAGGUGGCGCAAUUUUUGGAGAUCUUUAUCGAGCGAGAGAGAAUUCCAAAGUUGACUCGAAAGCUGUCGAGUUCUCGCGAAACCACUUGCUCGUUCACAGCAACGUCCGUCAAAGAGAAUAGAGGAGGAAACGGAGGUAUAGCCAUCUUUGCGUGGUCUGCUGGAUGCUCCACAGCUUUAUCAUUCCUUGGUGGAACUCAGAAUCCUCUAAUCUCGAAAGAAUUGUAUCAGCUUCUGCAGCAGUACGUCGGAAAUUGUAUACUUUAUGAUCCAACCUAUCUCUGUUUCGGAUACCCGCUCCCUUCCGACAAUCGAAACUACAUUCCAUGGGAUGACCCUAUGGUCUCGACUGAUGAACUUCCUCAACUCGUUGCGGAAUGGGUUAGCUCGUACUAUGAUCAUCCUUGCUACGAUCCCGUUACUCGAAGUCUCCCAUCGACGGCGACCAUAAACGAACUCGAUGGAAUUCGACUCAAAAGUGAUAGAAUUUCGAUAUCCUCUUGGACCGACGAAGAAUUGGUCAAGGGCCUCGAAGGAAGUUCAGCCAAAAAUGAGACCUUAGCAUUUCAACCUUCAGUGCAAAAGACCCUUCGUCAGCUGUCGGAACAAGCACUUUUCAACGAAACCAGUGUGAGUAAUUGGUUCCCGGGUGUAGGGGUAUCAUAUAUCGGAGGCACAAGAUCGAACUGGAUGUGCGCCUGGGCAAUCAUUGAAACAAAGAGAAGAUAUCUUCGGACAUUGUUUACGGGUAUCGAAAAGAAUGGCCGGUCAUAUAAUAUUCGAAAGAUACGAUUCGUUGACAUGGACGGCUUGAACCACGUUGCGCACUGGGAUCAAACCCGAGAGUUCAUGGAAGUCAUCGCGAAGGAGAUCCAACUGCUUUGA